GAUAGUUCGGGCUCCAUACAUUGGAGGCAAGAGGAAGAGCACCGGCAGGAGCAGCAACAUGAAUUCUCUGGCCAGGAUCGGGGGCUUCGUUUGUCAAUCGGUGCAGAUAGCCGGCUGCGGACUGCAGCAAGUGCGCACCAAGUACGCCGAUUGGAAGAUGAUCCGCGACGUAAAGCGGCGAAAGUGCGUCAAGGAGCACGCCGUGGAGCGGCUGCGGGUCAACUCGCUGCGCAAGAACGACAUCCUGCCCGUGGAGCUGAGAGAGGUGGCCGACGCCGAGAUCGCAGCCUUUCCGCGCGACUCAUCUUUGGUCCGAGUACGGGAACGCUGUGCGCUUACGUCACGCCCGCGGGGAGUUGUCCACAAGUACCGGCUGAGUCGCAUCGUCUGGCGGCACUUGGCCGACUACAACAAGUUGUCCGGGGUGCAGCGCGCCAUGUGGUAGCGGCUCCUUUCUGUUAGCAAACUAGGAAAAUAAACCAUUUUAGUUGUCAA